CCGUAAACUCUAAAUAAGAAGAAGAAGAAGAAGAAGCAGCAACAGCCUGCUACACAACAAACAUGGCGGCCCGCUACGCUACUCAAUCCGCUGUGUUCCGCAGGGCGCUGCGAGCUCUCGGCUUUUACCGAGAGGUCACCGGGAGGUCACUGGGACCUCCCGCCGCAGCUGCCGGGCUCCGGUUUGUUUGUAACGCUGCUCCAGAAGAAACAAAAAGGGUGACGUUAGAAUCUACGGAGGAAUACAAGUUCGUGGAGCGGCUCAUCCCGCCGUCACGGGUCCCCGGUCCGCCCAAACACGCCGGUCCCUCCCCGUCUGGCUGGACCCCUCCGGCAGAUACACCCCCGCAUCUGCCCUACAUGAUCCGCCGCUCCCGCAUGCACAACAUCCCGGUUUACACCGAUCUCACCAACGGCAGCCGCAGGACGACGCUCGUGCGGAAAGUGGAGGGGGACAUCUGGGCUCUGGAGAAGGACGUGAAGCUUCAUCUGAAGGAGGUGAUGGGGAAGGAGCUGCCCACACAGGUCAACGAGGUCACAAUGACCUUGAAGGUCAAAGGUCAUGUCGAUAGUGAGCUGAAGAAGUGGUUGGCCAGCAAGGGCUUCUGACUGGGCAUGAGGGUUCAAAGAGCUGUCCAGGUGGAGAGGGAGAGGACCGCUCAAGACUGCAGCACAUUUAAAUCGCCUCCAACCAGAUUGAAGGACAGCGUGUGACUCCUGCCACCUUCCCUCUUCAGACUCCAGAUCCAUGUUGAGAUUAUGGGAUCAUGGGUUGUUAAACUUACUUGUAUGUAAUUUAACUUUCUUCCUUUUCCUUUUGUAUUAAAACUCUGGAAAUAUG